CCCGCCCGCGUGCGCCUGCGCCGGCUCCUCGCGUCUGCGCACUAGUGCCCGCCCCCUACCGGGGCCUGACGUCACUUGGCUGGCCCCGCCCCUAGGGUGACGGCACAAUCACCGGCGUCUCCCGGUCCGCUGCGUUGUGACGUCACACUCCGUGGCCACGCCCUCCGUUUUCUUCCCCGGUUUUCUCCCUAGGAUGAAGCAGAGACUAGAGCUCAAGACGGCCCUGGCCCUCGAUGGAGCAGGUGUAGUGGGACCAGCUUGUUCCACAGGCAGGCCUGGACGGCUCCAACGCCUCCUUCAGAGCGGGGAGUUCGACCAGCUGCGGGACUUCACCGUCUUUGAGAGCAAUUUCGUGCAGGUGACCCGGUUAGGAGAAGUUGCCAACAAGGUAACCAUGGGGGUGGCAGCCUCCAGUCCGGCCCUGCAACUCCCAGACCUGUUGCUGCUGGCAGGCCCCGCCAAGGACGAUGGACGUCUGCAGCUCUUCAGGAUGAUCCCCUUGCAGUUCGUCCAGCUCUUCGUCCACGACAAGAGCCGCAGACAGCUCAAGGUCAAGUUUCAAAACGGCCGCACCUUCUACCUGCAGCUGCGGGGUCCGCCCAGGACCUGCGACUACGAGUUCAGCCAGUGGGUGCGGCUGCUCUACUGCCUGCGCUUCCACGCGGCCCAGAGUAACCCCGAGGAGGAUGGAGAGGAAGAUGAAGAGGAGAAGGAGGAGUAUCUGACUGAAAGGGAGGCAGGGAGGGAUGGGGCUUAG